CUGCAGGAGUUUGAUGAGCAGCAUGGCAACAUCACGCUGGACAAUGCCAAGAAGCAGCUGCACCAGUUUAUGCAGGUUCACAACAUCAAGGCCGAGUAUGAGUACGAGAGCUGUGGGCCGGCACAUCAAAAAAUGUUCACCGCCACAAUUGCCAUUCCUGUGCAGGGCAGCGAGUUCACGGCCACGGAGAAGUCACACAGCAAGAUGGACGCCAGUCGGCUGUGUGCCUGGAAGGUCUGUCAGCAGCUGCUGAAGGAGGGUCUCAUUGAGAAGUUCGACCCAAACGCGCCCAGCAAGCGGCAGCUGCUGAAGAACAACUUUAUCUACGAGUUUCUCGUCUCGUCCUCCCUGAAGGAGCAGAUGAUGGCCACCUGCUCUAUGCUCUGUCAGCGGAGGCUGCUGUGGCUGAACNCCUGCUCUAUGGUACACCACUACAACACCUCGAUUAACCCGGGCACUUCAACGGCCAUCUACGGCAACCCUGGAGCGCCUUUCUUCAAUCCACUAGCUCUGUCAGCGGAGGCUGCUGUGGCUGAACUAAACGCCAGCACAUUCGCCGAAGUAGAAGACGGCACCAGCAACAACAACCUCCUUCCGAGCAACCUCUCCUGGUGCCCACCACAGGCCGGUUUCAACCCCUGGACGGAGAACGCCCCCGACGACCCGGUCUUCAGCGGCAUGAGCCAGGAGGCAAUCAAUCACUACCUGCAGGAGCAGUUCUUUCGCAUGGUCAGCGAUGGGCGCUUUCAGGCGGUGCUCAAGACGCGCUCCCAGCUGCCCAUCUACCUCAUCAAGGAGCAGGUGAUCAGCCUGAUUGCCAACCACUCGGUGCUGGUGAUCAAGGGCAGCACCGGCUGCGGCAAGACCACCCAG